AUGGCAUAUCCAAACCCAUGUUUCAGCUCCACGCCAGACAAUGUCUCUAAUAUGCAGCAAGUUAUUGACAGAAGAGAAACAGCAUCAGAUGUGGAAGAAGCACUGAUCGUUGGGAGAACUGAAGAAAAACAGAAAAUAGUGGCUACUUUAUCUGGGAGUAUAACACCAGAGUUUACUGUCCUUCCAAUAUAUGGCUUUGGAGGUAUUGGCAAGACAACCUUGGCUCAGUUAGUUUUCAACGAUUCCCAGUUCGUAAACUACUGUAAGGUGUGGGUCUAUGUGUCCCAAAAUCUUGAUCUCAAUAAAAUUGGCAACUCUAUAAUAUUACAACUAUCAGCAGAGAGCCAUGUAGCUGAAAGGCAGAUGACACAUAAUAAACUCAGAGUGCUACUUGUUGAUAAGAAGGUUCUUAUUGUCUUAGAUGAUGUGUGGGAGAAGAAUCCAGAUACACUAAAAUCUGUGAAGCCUAUGCUAAGGCUUGGUGUGGCCUGCACAGUGACAGUUAUUGUAACCACAAGAGAUGAAGCCAUUGCAAGGGAAAUUUGUCAUACAAUUGAGCCAUACAAGCUAGAGACUUUAACAGACAAAAAUUGCUGGAAAAUAAUAAAACAGAAGACUGCCUUUAAAUAUCGAGUCUACAAGAAACAAUUGAAGCAUACAGGAAGGGAGAUUGCCACCAAGUGCGGAGGUGUCGCCUUAGCAGCUCAAUCACUUGGAUACGCUCUGAAUGGCAAGACGUUUGAUGAAUGGGAGUCGGUGAGAGACAAUUAUAUAUGGAACGUAUCAACUUCGCAGGACCCAUCAUCCAUAAAUAAUGAAGUUUCAUAUGAAAUACUAAUCCCAAAUGGGCAUGAAACAUAUCGUACAGAAUUUUCUAUUAAUUAUUCUAUGAUUACACUUCUGUACAGUGCUAUGGAAAGUGAUAGACAUCAGGUCAAAGAUGUUGCAUUGUUCACAAUGCAUGACCUAGUGCACAAUCUCCCCUCCCUGAAAUCAUUGCACCUCCGAUCAUUGUCUCUGGACCAGGCAGAACUCCCGGGUUGGUUGGCUGCUCUGACAUCACUACAGGAACCAAGUCUAUCUGGCUGCGGAAGCAUGACAUCUCUAACGGAGUGGUUAGGAGAACUUACCUCUCUCGAGAAACUUGAGAUCGAGUACUGCAAGUGCAUCAGGUCUUUGCCCGACAGCAUACAACAACUGACCAAGCUUGAAUAUCUAUCCAUUGAUGGCUGCCGUACAUUAGUGAAGUGGUGCGAAAAGAACAAGACGAAGCUUGCUCACAUCAAACAAGAGAGUGGCCUUUUAGAUCCCGGGUGCCUAGGCACCCUCUUAUCUCUGCCGUUCGUCCAGAAUCUGGUGCAUGGAGAUCUGAACCACAUGCUGUACCGCCAGUCUCAUUAG